GCUCUCCUGCCGAUUUGGGAAAGGCGCGUGCUGUAACAGAGAAGUACGAACUCGUGUAAGGAAGGAAUCGACAUACAGUGAGAUCGGAGAGAGAGAGAGAGAGAGAGAGAGAGAGAGAGAGAGAGAGAGAAGCAAUGGAGGAAGAGCUGAAAGAGGUGCUGAAGGAGCUCAAUUCUCUGAAGCAAUCGUUCACUGAUCCUUCUCACCGAGCGCCAAUUGACAAGAUACAAUUGCAUGUGGAACGUAUUGCAAAUCUUGGAAACUCUGGACUUGUUCGGCGUUCUAAAGUAAAGGAUAUGAGUGCGGAGGUUGUGGAUAGCAAUCCAUACAGUAGGCUCAUGGCUCUUCAGAGAAUGGGCAUUGUGGAGAACUAUGAAAGAAUACGGGAUUUCUCUGUUGCCAUUGUUGGAGUAGGUGGUGUGGGAAGUGUGGCAGCUGAAAUGCUAACAAGAUGUGGUAUAGGUCGCCUUUUGUUGUAUGAUUAUGACAAAGUGGAGCUGGCUAACAUGAACCGGCUAUUUUUUCGUCCAGAGCAGGUUAACAUGACAAAGACAGAUGCUGCUGUACAGACACUUUCUGACAUAAAUCCUGAUGUUGUACUUGAGAGCUAUACGCUGAACAUCACUACAGUGCAAGGUUUUGAUACAUUUGUAUCAAGUUUGAAAAAUAAAUCUUUUCGGCCGAACAAAGAAGGUAGUGGAGUGGAUCUUGUACUUAGCUGUGUGGAUAACUAUGAAGCGAGGAUGGCUGUUAACCAGGGUUGCAACGAACUGAACCAGACAUGGAUGGAAUCUGGUGUAUCCGAAGAUGCUGUGUCAGGUCAUAUUCAGUUGCUGAUUCCAGGCGAAACUGCCUGUUUUGCAUGUGCACCUCCUUUGGUUGUGGCAUCUGGAGUAGAUGAACGUACGCUAAAGCGUGAAGGGGUUUGUGCUGCAUCUUUACCUACCACAAUGGGAGUUAUUGCUGGGCUUCUAGUCCAAAACACACUUAAAUUUUUGCUGAACUUUGGGCUGGUCUCCCCAUACUUGGGAUACAAUUCUCUUAAAGACUUCUUCCCAACCAUGGAAAUGAAGCCAAAUCCUCAAUGUUCAAAUGGAGCUUGUAUGGAACGGCAGAAAGAGUACUUAAUUUUAAAGCCAGCCAGGGAUGCUGCAGCUAAAGCAAAAAUGGAAGCUGAAACAUCUUUGGUUGUUGAAGCCCCACUUCAUCUUGAUAAUGAAUGGAGUAUAAGUGUUGUCGAUGAAAGUGAGCUGGAUAAGGUGGACGCCAAAACUUCAGAUGCUCUACCAGAUGGUCUUAUUAGGGAGCUUCCAAGUGCAGAUGAUUACCAAACACAGCCCAAUGAAGCAUCAGCUUCUUCUAAUAUUGACGAUUUAGAAGAUCUUCGAAAGCAGCUUGAAGCUCUCAACGGUUAAUUAUGGUUACAAAACCCAGACAAAGCACUCUUGUCAACCCCAAUUUUCAUUAAAAAGAUACGCAUAAAGUUUAAGCCAAGCCAACAUUAAUUUUUCUUUUUUAAUUUAUUUACUUUCAGUCUACAGAAAAACUCAUACAAAACAAUUGUGAAAAGUAGUCAAAUUUUGGAAACUUUUCAUCAAAGAAAGAAAGAAUUCUGAAGCUCCACAUCAGCAAAAAAGCACAUGACCCUGGUUGGUGGUAACUACCUAAAAGAGUAAUGAUAUGACACUAAAAUUAUGCACCAAAAUAUUAGAGACUCAUUUUGGUGUAUAACUACCUAAAUUAACGAUCGAAUCAAAAUUUCUGAGGAAUAGAAAAUAGGAGCUUGUUUGGGUUUUCAGAUUUUAAAAUUGUGUUUUUAAAAGUGAGAAUAGAAAACAGUUUUUUGUCAUUUUAAAAAUUUAAUAGUGUUUCUCACAAAUUUUUAAAAACUAUCUUUAGAUUUUUUUUUAGGAAAAAAAAAAUUAACUUUUUAACACCAUACCAUGACAUUAACCCAUUCGGGUCCAAGUUUGGGUAUGGUUUCAGAUUUGGGAUCUGAGUAUGUGAGUAAAAUACAAAAUAUAAUAUAUUAGACAAAAAAAAAUGUUUUUGAAAAUUGAAAACAGUAUUUUGAUGUUUACUGUUUUUUAAUUUUUUAAAACUUUAAAAAACUAUUUUUAAAAAAUUUUGCCAAACGACCUCUAUUAGUUUUUAAAAAUUGUUUUUAAUUUUAAAAAACAGAAAAUAAUUUUUAAAUUGUAAAGCAAAUAGCCUCUUAACUUUUUUCCACUAUAAUCUCAACUUUGAUCCCAUUUCCAAGUCAUAGUUGGAAAGUCUUAAGAUAUGUCUAAUUCUUUAAAAAGAGGUACAAAAUAUGCUAUGCUAUUUAUAAUUGAUGAGUGGUCCUUUAGUUGGGGCUUGAAUUGAAGUGGUCAAUAAUCAAAGGAAGAAAGAGGAAUAGAAUAGAGGCUAGAGAAGAGAGGGAGGCUUUAAGUUGAUUAAUAUAAUAUUACUGUGUUAAGAUCUUACGUAAUUCGAAUUGCAACUACCCAAAAAUAAAGUGGAAGUUAGUGCCCAUAAAAAUUGGUCACCAAAUAUUUUUAAACCAUCGAACUACCUAUUGAGAAAUUCUUUCAAUACAAAUAAAUAAAAUAAAAAUACAAAGGGAACAAUCAAGGACUAUUCUAGUCGACCCACUUUAAUUUCUUUUGUUAUUUAAUGGUCUUUUCCUUUUCAAUAAAAUAAAAUCUGUAGGGUAGGUAUUGUGAGUUAAGGGAAUGAAAAAUACAAUUGACUUUUGUUUUAAGAUCAUUUGAUUAGCCACCUUUAAAGAAAGAAUCAUUUUAUUAUUUUUAGUUAUUCAUUUAAUAUACAUAGUCUGAUGUUGAACCUAAUCUCUAGGAUUUUUUUUUUAAUUUUUUUUUCUCUUUGAGGAGAUAUAUAUACUCUAGAGUUUGUAGACUUAAUUUGUGUCUAAUUAAAAGAAAUUAUUAAUAAUAAUAUCAACUUCUUAUGUGUGUAGUAUAGCUUAUAUAUAUAUUGUUUGUAGAUAAUGUGCACCAUCACACAAAAAUGAUAGAGACAAAUACAAUGUUUACUACAUCAAUCUUUUCCCCCACUUUUUAAGGGUCCUUUCUAACCAAAAAAAUAUUAUACAAUAAUUGAUAUUUUAUUAAUAAUUCUGUUUUUGGAGUGUGAACAUGAGAAAUUUCAAAGAAA